AUGGCGCCUGCAAUCUUAUCCCCUCCGGCCGACGCCGCCUACACCCUCGGCCACCGCGACCCCGACCCAUUGAGGCCCAAUGAGCCGCGUGAAGGCUUUCCUAGGGGCACUUACGUCGUUCAAGUGCCCAAGGACCAGGUUUACCGCAUUCCCCCGCCUGAAAAUGCCAUGAUCGUCAAGCGCUACCGCACUCCCAUUGCCAAAAGCAAGAGGUCAUGUUGCUGCUGCUGCUGCAUCUUGUGUCUGCUAUUGAUCUUCAUCGCCGUCCUCAUCGUCCUUGGGGUUCUCGUGAGCAUUUCCUCAAUUUUCAUUAAGACCGAGGACCCCGUGUUCUGCAUCGAUCAUUUCCUCGUCAAGAAUACGCCGCGCUCUAGCCAAGGUAACGUUGAACAUGAGUUUGAUAUAAGGACAAGGGCUAAGAACCCGAAUGGGAGGAGUGGGAUCUUGUUCAAGGAAGGGGGAAAGUUCCCUUUUGUUUGA